AUGUCAGAAAACUCUACCAUCCCCUACAAUCUGCAAACGCACUGUUCCCAACCCAACACCACCCUCCUCCUCUCCACUCCCAACAUCACCCACGACGCAAUCUCCAACCACAUACCCAGCAUCGACAUCAUCCCAUCCACAUAUCUCAACAUGACCUCCUCCUCCUCCUCCUCCUCCCCGCAAGUCCUCACCAGCGACGGCUACUACUCCCUCAACGACUAUUAUACCUUCCUCUCAGAAGAAGAAGGAAAUCUAGAUAUAGACACCACCACCACUACUGCACAAGCAUCAUGCAUACAUCGCACUGCCCCCGUGGGAGUCCAAGGGAAAUGUUUCGAUGGGAAGCAGAGCGAGGUUAAGAAGAGUGAGGCGAGUACAUCGCUGUGGAGAAGAGGCAAGAAGAAGAAGAAGAAGACGGUUAGUGCGGCGCUUUUGAUUGCCUUGGGUGUCGCGGGGUUAGUCAUGGGUUGA